AUGCAAGUACAGACACCGAGGGAAGUGAUAAAUCUUAAACGAUUUCUUCAUCGGACAGAGCAUUUUGUAAAGACAAAUGUUUCGUAUAUUCACCCUGAUACUCUUCGGUUCUACUUGAAAUCUCUACGGGAACGCUUGGAAAAUAUAAAGAAGCUCGAGCUUGUAACAUCCGACGAAUGUGUCUCUUAUAAUAUGCGGAUUGUGGCGUGUGAGCAGUACUUGAAAUCGAAGACGGACGAAGGCGAUAGUCUGAUGAAAAUUUCCCGUGUUUCAGACUUGGAAGCGCGCCAGCUGUUGCUGCGCGGACAUGCGCAGCGGGAGGCGCGGCAACGAGAGAGUCUUUUGACAAAGAAGCCUCCUAAAAUCCAGGAUAAGCAAUUGACACUUCGGCAGAGGAGGAUUCUUUUGUUAGAAAAUGACGAAAACAGAGGCAAAUCUGCAUCGUAUGGUUCUGGCGAAGAUUCAGCGGAUGCCAAUGCUCUCGCUACGGAGACAUUAGAACUGACGAGAAUGCUGAAAGAACAGGCGAGAAAUACGAAAGAUAUUGUGGGAGAAGACAACAAACUUCUCGGAGAAAUGGAUGCUUCGAUGGACAAUAAUAUUGAGAACUUGCGGAAGGCCACACAAAGUAUUGAAGGCAGGGAUAGAAAGAAACUUUGCCCGAAAGUGCUCACUAUAAAAAGCGAGAUCAGCAAAUGCUGUAAUUACAAAAUUAGCUGA